AUGAAAAUAUCGACCAAGGAGAUUGUUAAAGUACAUUUAAGAGAUAGAGAAAUUGAUGAUGAAGAUGAGGACACGGCUGCACAAGAGCGAAGUGAGAAGAAAGGGAUAGUUAGAGAACACGCAGAACAGAGGAGCAUCAGUCACUCAGACAACAGAAACAGCAGAAGAUAUAUCAAGAUGAAACUUGCACUGGUUCUACUCCUUGCCGCAGUGGCCAUUUUCGACACGGAAGCAAAGACAUUCACGAGAUGUGACCUGGUGAGGGAAUUGAGAAAUCAGGGUUUCCCAGAAGAUGACUUGAGGAAUUGGGUAUGCCUUGUUGAAAGUGAGAGUUCCAGGUCUACAAGUGCUGUGAGCAAGAAGAACAAAAACGGAUCUCGAGACUACGGGCUCUUCCAGAUUAAUGACAAGUACUGGUGCAGUACCAAGAAGAACCCCGGCAAGGACUGCAACGUUCUUUGCAGUCAGCUGAUCACCGAUGAUAUUACAAAGGCUUCGACCUGUGCAAAGAAAAUCUUCAAGCGCCACGGAUUUGACGCGUGGUACGGAUGGAAGAGUCACUGUCAGGGAACUCUUCCCGAUAUCAAGUCAUGCUGA